AUGCCUGCCCAAGGAAGUGGUGCGGGGCUAAAUGAAGACGUUUGGAUAACACGCCGCGAAGAUGAGCGAGUCUUGUGUCGAGCUUGCUCCACCGGAAACCCCCCAGAACGGCACAUGUGGAUAGCGCGGAGGAGCACCAAGCACGAAGAUUCGACAGACCACCAGAGCGCGUUGGCAAUCGUCAGCGCCGGCCAGCAGCGACUGAGGGACCUGGAGUUGGAGCGCCAACUGGCUGCUUGCACCCGACUGGCGCUACGACAAACACCCCAGCCUAUCCUUGCCCCAGUCCCAAUGCAGCGUGUCGCUGGUGUGCCGAGUAUGGCGGAGGCUGAGAUGUGGCGCGCGUAUGAGGCGGAUGGGGCAGCCUUCAGUGCGGGGCUGGACACAGCAGAAGAUGGUCAAGCGGCUCACAGCCGCCUGGAUCAGCAGGCGGAGCUUUUUGGUCUGUGGGACCCCGAGGGAGUGGCGCAACGGUUGGGGUUCGGGAAUGGAAUGGUGGAGGACGCGCUGAACGAACACGACGAGGAGGAGGAUUUCCUCGCUGAGUUACUGGCCAACGCGGGUGUCGCUGGGACCACCGAGGAGGACAUUCAAACUGCUGGCACCCAGAGAACCACGCCAACGGUUGGAUAUUUUCCAUAUCCAAAUAAAACGAUGUUCCUUCUCGAUAUUCUCGACAACCUGCCGCAACUUCGGGUUUUGAAAUCUCUCAUGCGCGUUAUCCUGUGGAUCAUGCGCGAAACGGGGGCUCAAGAUGUUCCUUCUCUCGAAGGCCUCAACCGUGUUCAGAAGGAAAUUCGCGCCAAAUCUGGUAUCCCCACCCUCCCUUGCCUGUCGCCGCUGGGCAAUGUUUUUUUCAUGAAUGAUCCUUGCGCACUUAUCGCACAUGAUUGGGCAAAUCCUGAAAUUCGGAAACACAUUCGCAUCUAUCCAGAAAUUCCUACCGACGGCAUCAUUCGCGAGAUCUGGCAUGCGCAAAAAUGGAGGAAAAAUAUGGACCUUGAUGCGCUGAGUCCGAUGUACGACGCGGGCAAUGCACAUUUCUAUGUCAAUGAACUCUGCCGCCUUCAGGACGGCCAGUUCGUUGUUCCUAUACACUGGGUCACCGUCAACUCCGCUGUUUGCGCAGAUUGUUACAGUGUCAAAAUUGACAUGGCUGGUGAAGCAGAAAUUGAUGAUUCGAAGACGUCUCUGGUUGCAGCAGCGGAGAUGAAGGAAAACUAUCUGGACCUUCUCGAUAUUGGAGCAGUGCUGCAAUGGAGUGGUGAGCGUUAUUUGCUAUUAAUGCUUCUGGUAUUCAUGACAGCAGUGGCGACAUUCUCGAAAGAACACCCUACGAGAAUGCCCAAUCGUAAACGUGCCAUUGCAGCUGGCUGUCCGAUGUACACUAGCUUUGUCGACUAUUUUGGUGACGAUGUGUCAGGUAACCGUUCCAAAUCCUGGAACAAACAUUGGAACGUGUACAUGACACAUCGGAAUCUUCCCCGGAAACUUCUCCAGCAAGAGUAUCAUGUACAUUUUGUAUCAACCUCCCCCAACGCAUCCAUAUCUGAGCAAUAUCGUGAAUUCAAGACCGCCAUCGAGUGCGCCCCUCCAAAUAGUUUCGGUAUUCCUUCUGAUGAUUUUAGAGCCACGCACACUCAACCACUUACUGUCCAAGACGAAGCAGGAGUCACGACAAAGAUCUGUGUCUACUGUAACGCUGGUCCUUCCGACAACCCGAUGCAGAGCGAGGUGUCGUCUCAUAUGGGUGGCCAAGCCAACUACUUCUGUCGAAAAUGCAAGGUCGGCGGUCCGAAAGCCCACAAGCACUCGAAUGUUGGCCUGGUGUUCCGCGAACCGAAAGAAUAUGUCCUCAACGAGUUGCGGCUCCAAGUCCGGCAUGUCUGUGGUGGGACAACAAUGGACAAGCUCCAGAAGAUCCAGCAGAACACGGGCGUGAAAGAUGCAUAUACACAGCAAUGGAUCAUAGGUCUUGAAGCCCGUUUUGCGCAACUGAGUGUUGCCGACCCCGAACGAUCAGCAGCAAACAUCAAAGCAGAGCUUAUGAAGUGGGUGGAUGAGAAUGACGAGAAGCUUUACAGUGCUUUCCUGCGAACAACAGCGCUUGAUCCUACACGCGAUACCCCCAUCGAACUCCUGCAUACCAUUCUACUUGGUGCAGUCAAGUACGUGUGGCAUAUCUCGCACACAGGCUGGUCCGACAAGGAGAAGACAACGUAUUCGCAGCGCUUACAAGCAACCGAGACAAGCGGGCUUUCUAUUCAUGCCAUUCGUGCCAAGUACAUCAUGCAAUAUGCCAAUUCUCUAAUCGGAAAACAACUCAAGACUGUUGUUCAGACGGGAGUAUUCCACGUGCACGAUCUGGUCUCGGAUAACCAUCUCGCUGCAUGGCGGGCAUUGGGCGAGCUCUCUGCUUUACUUUGGGUCCCUGAAAUUCAUGAUAUUACUCAGUAUUGUACCGACCUCGAAAUAGCUGUCGCAAACCUGCUUGAUGCUGUCGCUGUCAUCGAUCCUUCCAAAAUCGUAACGAAAAUCAAAUACCACCUGCUUGCACAUGCUGCUGACGACGCAACGGAGUUCGGACCACUCAUUGGCCUUGCGACGGAGCUAUUUGAGAGUUUCAACGCCAUUUUCCGCUAUUGCUCAGUACUAUCAAACCAUCUGGCACCAAGUCGCGACAUUGCUCUUCAGCUGGGAGACCAGGAAGGGCUCAAACAUCGACUAACUGGUGGACUUUGGGCAGCAGAAGGCAAACAGAAAUGGGUCCGAGCGGGUACCGGUGUUCAACAUUACUUGGAGAAGCACCCCAUCCUGCAGAAACUCUUGGGCUGGACACCACAAAAAAGCGCGGAUAUUGGCGUUGUCAAAUUGACCCCGCUCGGACGAGCUGAAGAUGAGCGUAUAUUGCGUCAAUUAAGCGCGACGACAGCAGCAACAGCAACAAACUAUCGUGACUAUAUCUCAAACUCGGGAUGGGACUCCGGAAAAUCCUUCAUUUGCCAAUCGCAGGACGAAUGUCGUGUCGGGUCUUGGGUUUUCGCUUCAUGGCUAUCAACUCACACUGUAGUUCCUGCCCAUGUUGUGGAAAUCCUAAAGGGUACCGAGGCCAACCUUGCAGGUUUGGAGCGCUUCCAGACAUCGGCGGUCCGCGAUCCGGUAUAUGGGAUGCCGGCGUUGAUUCGCCCCAAUGGUGAAACACUACUUUUCAUCAUUUCAACCAAGGAUGUUAGCUUCAAUUUUAAUGCGCAACAUGACUGUCGUGCGGCCCAAUGUGCCGCCACCGGUUCCCGUGCUAUUAUUCAAGAACGUGUUGCAUCUGAAAAGACCGAACAUUUCAUUGUACAUAAAGAACUCGAACGCUAUAUCAUCAACCUCCAUUCUUUCCAUAAUGCCCACCUCCUUCGCGCGACUCUUCCCCGAAAUCUCUAG